AUGAACUGGACUGAAGGCGCUCUCGCACGUCAUUCACGGCGAAGAGGCUGGAACGAGGAUGCCGCUCGUCAGAAACAAUAUUUUGCCAAGGCGCGUGCGCACCAGUGCCAACGAUCCGUUCUCACCAACACCUCAGAGGGCACGAACCGCAGUUUUGUUCCCGAUCACAUCCCCCAAACACCAAAAUCUUCCUUGACAAAUCCCAAGAUCACCUCAAUUUCUCAGACUUCGUCACAGAAAUCUCGAAGACGAACCCAGCGUCUAUCAAACGAGUGCAGGAAAAUGGCACCCGAGACGUUUGUAUCGCCAUUCUUCGAGACGGGCCGGAAACGAGGGCGAGAUUCCCCCAUCAUCACCAAAAGCCUCUCGCCAAAUGCUCUGUCUCCGGAUAUCGAGUCAAAGCGCCGAAAGCUCCUAGAGAAAAGAGACUGGACUGGCAUCGAGGUCCAAAAGCCGCUAAUUGUGGACUUUUCUCAUCCAAGGCCGGAGAAUCUCUUCAGCCACCAAAGAAAGGGCGCCUACCUGAGCCAUGGUUCAGCAUACAAAGCAGAUGAUCCCAUGAAAAUUCGAAUUGGCGCUCACAACUUGGAAUGGUCUCAUCAGAACAAUUCGCUUAUCACCCCCAGCUUGACGAGCGAGUUCCCCAGCCUUCAAGAUUGGGCGUCGUUUGAACCGUGUACUCCGGUACAUGUGCCGUCAAGCCCAUCUCACUAUUCAUUUGGGAUGUCUACUUCGCCUUCUGUCCAAGCCAACAUCCUUCAACCGUACUGUCAUCUCCAGGAUGCUAGCUACAAUGCGGGAUUUCUGCAUGGUCAGGACAUGAACUAUAAUUCCUUAGAUGGCUGUUGUGGAUCUGAAGAGCCGAAGUACAAAGUUCAGUCUACCCCGGCUGAGUUUCACCAUCCUCAACCUUCGCGGGGCGAGCGACCCCGAUUGUUCGAUCUCAGAUCCCCGGAACCACAGCAAUCUGGGAGCAUGAUAGUGGAAUUGGGAGGGCCGGUCCCGUAUCAGAAUUCCGAUGAAGAAGAAGAGUGGAGGAAUUGGCUGCACAGUAUGGACGAUUUUUCGAUUGAUCACAAUUUCAUCCUGGAUGGUGAAUACGAAAUUUCUUCAACUCUCACGCCGGGAAUCAGCGAGGCUGCUAGUCCCAUUUUAUCGUCUUCUCGCGACAACACCCAGGUUCAGCCGGAGUCACCAGUGACACUUGUGGAAGAACUCGAAGAGAGCGAGAACAAGAAAAUCAGUAUGACUCAGAUCGAACGGGAGCAACAUAGUCAACAUAGCAACCCUAGCGCUGGAACCGAAAACGUAUCCACGGUCAAUCCGACAGAGGUCCACGCAACAAGCCAGGAUUUGAUGCUACCUUCUGUUUGCGACCUACUCGUGGCGCCAGCUUUCCAGGCCUUUGAUGACUUUGUAGGAAUGGAGGAAGCUCCGCCGAUGAGCUAUGUCGAUCUACUGGAAGAAGCAACGGGCAAUUUGACGGAAGCAGACGAUGAGGAGAUCUGGAAGAAGUUCAUUUUCGAUAACGACAGCGACUUGACAGAGUCAACUGUGGGCGAAGUACAAACGGACACUGCCACGGGAAUGAUUGAUAACCAGUCAUCUUGCCACCCAGCAUAUGUGCAGUCGGCACCGAAUGGAGACACCGAUAUCACAUCAUUUGGCAGUGUCUCAGACAAUCCAGGUGGCUUCGGAUUGUCGUCGAACGAGACUUCUUCGUCCAACAUUCUAGAGAAUUGCCUGAUUGAGGACAAACCACAGUUGUAUGAGCAGGGGCCUUUGUCGGGGAAUCCGGAGCAAGAUGACUUCUUCAAGUUCCAUCAUCCCAGGCCUUUCAUUGGCAGGCUCGCCUCCCAGACCAAUGCAACCCCCAAGCCCAGGGAUUCCCCACUCAAGAGAAGCAGAGGACGACCCAAGAAGAAGAGGGACGCACAGAGGCCAGACAUUCGAGCGAUGCCGAAUUUCGACGGCGACCCAAUUGACGACGAUCUAAUUGACGACGAAUGA